UACAGAGAAAACAGCACCCACCUGUGAUUUUUUAUUUGCAUUUGAGGGAUAUGAUGAUGGCAAUAAGCAAUGCUUCAGUGCAUACAAAUAAGCAAAAUCAAGGGAAAAGUAAUCAUAAGUUUUGCAGCUAUGAAUAUUAAAUAAUAAUACACAUUUAAACUUGGAUGACAGAGAUUGUGAUAUCUAUAUAAGCUUCACAUGAGAGAAGCAUCACUCCAAUAUGCUUAACAACAAAGGGCAUGUCUUAGUAUUUCCAUGAAGAGUGGUCUGUGAUAAGCAGUGUUGAAAUCCAGAAACUAGCAUCAUACUGAUACAGUCAAUGCUGUAAUAGACAAACUGGUUUUCAUAAACAGGUUACAUAUGAAACAACUUUGCUGUCCAAUGUGAAGACAAUGGCUUAGUAAGCAUUUCCUGUUUCUAAAUUAUUAAGCCAAGGCCCAAAUGGUUAGCACAGGAACACGGGUCCAGUACCGAGUAGCCCACAACUGGUUUAAGUCCAUCAGCAUCAGAUCCUUCUGCAGACGUGUCCAGAAGCCUUUGCACGAGUGAGGAGAGAGAACAGAGGAUUCCAGAGAAUUCCUCCUCAGCACCUGGUGAACCAGCGGCGGUCCGGUGGCUUUGGAGUGCUCAGACGGCGAUGGUGCAGAAGGGAAAAAUGAAGAGCGCAAAGAGACAAGUAGAACAAACUGGUUCGCAUUAGGAGCAUUGGUUCUUUGAGCCUUAUUAGACAACAACUGUGAAAUACCUUUCAGCAUAAUGGCAUUCAAUCCAGAGCAACAAGCUAGGAUGGUCAAUGAGCACAUAGAUCUUGGAGUGCAGAAUCUGAAUCCGGUAGAUCAACCUGUCAAUCUCAUGGAUGCUUUCAUGGACAAACCAACUGCAGGCGAAGGGUCAAAGCAGUUUGACCAGAUUGGGACUCUUAUGUCAAUACAACUGUAUGAGGAUGAUGAUCCCACUGACAAUUAUGCGUUCGGGCUUCUGACCUACAAUGCAGAAACAUCCAUUGAACCACUAGAAACAGUAGGUGCUGUGCUGGCCAUGCUAAAGCACUGCUGGGUGAAUUUGAGGGCAAACAUGGAGGGGUAUGCCACAAGAGCUGGAAUCUCUUAUCAGACAGUGAGGGUUCCAUCUCAAGCGACUACUUUCAACUUGCCCCUGGAGCUAGCUAGGAGGUACAGUGACCCGGAAAUGAUGACAAUCACAGGUUAUUUGAUCAUGCUGCUAUUCAAAAACAUCAAUGCUGUGAGCUACGACCAGUUCUUUUAUAAGAGGAUGUCUGCAAUGAAAGCAUUGGCUAGAGUGCCAACUACCUCCCCUAUCGUGCCUCUGUUUCGGCUAGCAAAAGCAGGGCACAUAAGACAGGUAUUAGGUGCUAACAAUCUGUUUUGCAGGGCUGUCAUUCAGUGCUUGAUCGAUGAGCGGACGAGGGAUGGAGAGUAUAGCAGCUUCUGCGACUACAUUCUGGACAUCAUUGCCUGGACAGGCAUGAGUGCGUACCGGUGGGUCUUUGAGUGCUUGAUGCUCAAUGACUCUCCAAUUUUCUUCAGUAGCAUUGUGCGAGCUGAAGUAUUGGCAUUGAAUGACGUCAUAACAGCAAUGGCUAAGUGCAGAUAUCCUGCAUUCUUUCCUUACUUCGGAGCCCUUGACGAUGUUAGCAAGUUGAAGAGAGCCAGGUUCCCAAUAAUUCUCUCUGUGGCAAGGGUCAUCAAACAAAGAACCAAUGCUCCUACUGCGAACCAGUUUGUUCUACCUGUAUCAGGUGAUCAAUUACGCUUGGUUGAGGAGCUAGCUAAUGCUCAUCAGAUGACUGUGGCUAGAAGGCGUGAAACACAACCAAUGAAGCAAGCUAGACAACUUCUAUGUGGACCUAUCUAGCAGGGCGCUAGUGAGAACAGAGUUCUUGAGAGGAUUCAUGUAAAUAUACCCCCUCCCCCAAUCCCAGAUCCAGCAGGUGCUCAGCAGCCAGCCGUAAACAGAAACAGUGAGAAUGAUUCAGUAAAAAGCAAUAACAUCAGAUUAAGAAAAGUUUACGUUUUACUUACUUGUCU